AUGCUUUCUGACAAUAUUGUAAAUAGAAAUCGUUUACUUUACGAAUUGGCAUUGAGCUGUGCACAAGUAGCACAAGUUGAACAGUUUGAACUUGUUGAUGAGGUAAAUUCAAUCAACUCUGUGUCUUCAAAUACAGGAGCAAGUGAAGAUAUUCCAUCAAUUAUUGGAGGCGGAAUAUUUAAUACUGGAGGUUUAAUAAAUUCUAUAACUGAUAAUGUGGCAAUGAAUAACAACAAUUCAUCACCAUCUACUUGGCUUUCUGUAAUUCGAUCAGAUGACGAGGCUGGCACAAUAAAGUUACGAAAAGUUCGCAAACAGAGAAAACCACCGGUUCAUGUUCUGAAAUUAUUCGAUUGUGAUGAAACACUUAUUGGUGAAAUCCAUUUCUUCUCUGUUGUUAAUGAUAGAGAUGGACAAUUUUUACAAGUUUUAACUACUUGGGCAGGUGUUGGCAUUCAUUUUGCUAAAGAAGCUAGUUCAAAGCUUUCAGUACAGCCAACACCAAUUAUUGGUACAUCACCGUCACCUGAAGAUAUGGAAUAUGUAAAUAGACAACGUAAACUAAACUCCUUUCUUCUUGAUGUUGUCAAGUCCAUCUUCCAAGAUAUUAUCACAAUGGAUACAGUUAUUCUUAAAGUUAUGAAUUUUGCACAAAAACUUGUUGAUGCUGAUCGAGCUUCUUUAUUCCUUGUUGAUAAUAAAACACAAGAGAUUUAUGCACGUAUUUUUGAUAUUAGUCAGCCAGAACAGAAUAAUUUAAAUAAUGAAAAUAAUAGUCAAAAUGGGAAUGGAGAGAUUAGUCCUCAAUUAAAUCCUGCACAUGUUUACAAUCAAGAUGGACAAAAAGAAAUUCAGUAG